UGCACAUUGUGAGAAACUCACAGAGAGGAGCCGGCACAACUGUGCAAGAUGAAAGGGGAGGAGCCGGUACACCUGUGCAAGACGGGAGGGGAGGAGCCGGUACACCUGUGCAAGACAGAAGGGGAGGAGCCGGUACACCUAAGCAAGACAGAAGGGGAGGAGCCGGUACACCUGUGCAAGACAGAAGGGGAGGAGCCGGUACACCUGUGCAAGACGGAAGGGGAGGAGCCGGUACACCUGUGCAAGACGGAAGGGGAGGAGCCGGUACACCUGUGCAAGACGGAAGGGGAGGAGCCGGUACACCUGUGCAAGACGGAAGGGGAGGAGCCGGUACACCUGUGCAAGACGGAAGGGGAGGAGCCGGUACACCUGUGCAAGACGGAAGGGGAGGAGCCGGUACACCUGUGCAAGACGGAAGGGGAGGAGCCGGUACACCUGUGCAAGACGGAAGGGGAGGAGCCGGUACACCUGUGCAAGACGGAAGGGGAGGAGCCGGUACACCUGUGCAAGACGGACGGGGAGGAGCCGGUACACCUGUGCAAGACGGACGGACGGGGAGGAGCCGGUACACCUGUGCAAGAC